ACCCGAACGGGAUCCUCUCACGAUAAUGCUUCGGAUAAGGCGUCGAACCGGAACGGGACCCUCUCACGAUAAUACUUCGGAUAAGGCGGCGAACCCGAACGCGAGCUGUCGACGACGGCGAAAGCUGGCGAGGUAGAAGAAGCUGUAGAUCAAUGGCAGCGCUCAUCGCUCAUUUGAACCUCGCUCCUCCUCCUCCUCUCUCUCCCAAAACCAAGCCCUCCUCGUCCAAAUGGCUAUUUUUCCUACCUCCACCUCAAUCCCGCUCUGGUACGAGAUCCGCGAGCGCAAGUUUUCACCCCGUUCAGUGCCCCGUGGACUCGUCGCCUCUAUCUCUGGGUGUAGGAAUUGGGCGGACGAGCGCCAUUGUCCUCCUUGCCGCCUCGCUCCUCGUCGCUGACCCUGCCUUCGCGUAUAAGGGCGGGGGUCCGUACGGAAUCGGGGUGACGAGGGGGCAGGACCUCAGCGGCAAAGACUUCAGCGGAAAGGUCCUCAUCAAACAGGACUUCAAGACGUCAAUCCUGAGGCAGGCCAAUUUCAAAGCUGCAAAGUUACUUGGGGCGAGCUUCUUCGAUGCCGAUCUGACAGGUGCCGAUCUCUCUGAUGCAGAUCUCAGAGGUGCAGAUUUUUCCUUGGCAAAUGUAACUAAGGCAAAUCUAAGUAAUGCGAAUCUUGAAGGUGCACUUACUACUGGCAAUACAUCUUUCAAAGGAUCUAAUAUCUAUGGAGCAGACUUUACAGAUGUUCCAUUGCGAGAAGAUCAAAGGGAAUACCUUUGCAAAUUUGCAGAUGGGGUGAAUUCGGUGACUGGGAAUGCAACAAGGGAGACAUUACUCUGCAACUAAGACUUCUGAUACACAAGCAUUACAUAUCCCAGGGAGCUAAAACUUCUCUGCUGACAUUUGCAUUUCAUGUUACUUGCAGUUCAAUGCGUGGCUAGGUAACCCUUUAUGCCCUAUUUGUAUACAAGAGGAAGUUAUAGACUAAAUCUAAUGUGUCUUCUUUUUUUUCUGUUUAUCGAACCAUGGUUCUCAAAUUGCAAAUGUCUUUUAACAAUUGUUGCUAAUGGCGGCUGCAGCCGUAGACAAGCAUACUCCCAGAACUUUUAAGUUCCCCUUGGUCUGAUCUGUAUAGCUAACAAGGAAUUAGUCUACAGAAUUAAGUUGUGGAAACCCCCUCUAUUCAAGGCACAUUUUAGACCCAACUUGAUACUGAUGAGUUCUGCCUUCGAGACAAAGUUAGAUUGCUAGAGGGCAUGAAGCCCCAAUUAUAUGCCUUGCAAAGUUCUUGCAAACCCCACAAAUACAAGCAUUCCUGAAUGAUGGACAUGAUGAAGCAUCUGAAUCAGUCCUCAGACACUCAUCCCAGGAACCUAGUUAGGCAGUCUAUGCAAUUCAUAACAACAUUUAGGGUAGUAGCGGUGGAUUGGUGAUUUCUCAACUCCAGGUCAAAAGUUGCUUGAUAUAUUCCUUUCUAGACCGGCCAACACUGAACUUCAUGGAAGGUUCCCAUAUAAUGGCUUCCUCUUGUAUGCCUAUAAAUAAUGAUGUAGCAUUUUGGUAAAUUGAACUAAGCAAUUACUUAUUUCUUCA